CACCCUGGUUGGGAAACACCGGAAUAAGCUAUAACAAAUUUAAAAAUAUAAACUUAAAUAUAUAGAGUUGCAUGAUUAAAUAUAUAUAAAAAUAUUUAAAAAAAUUGCUUUCUUUUACCGUUAUACAGAUAUAGCAAAAUGUUACAGAUAUAGCAAAAGCCCCCCCCCCCCCCCAAUACUAUUUUACCAGGUAACAACAAAGCCUAAAAUGAGAAUAAAAUAAAACUCUUCCUUCUUUUCCCUGAAAUCAAUGACACCGCAGGGAGAUGGAUUUUGCAGCUUCUUAGGCUUGUGUUCUCCGCAGGCAGCUCAGCUGGAAUCACACAGGAACAGAAACCCUUGUGGUUAGAAAUAAAUGUAGCAAUAUUCAUGUAGGAGAAUCAGAAUCGGUGCCCUAAAUGUGCCCGGCUGGAGGCAUUUCAUCAGGAGGAGGAUGCUGGGGGAUGUGGUGCGGCUUCCUUCUCUGUGGGAUGAGAUACCUCAAUCACCCGUCUUCUGCUCGGAGCAUGUAAAGCCUAAUGCAAAUAACACAGCCAGAUGGUGCACUGGGAUAAGUGCAGGGAGAUGUCCCUUUUGUGCCUGCUCCGAAGCUGGCGGUCCGGAGCUGUCCUGUGGAAAGUGCCAAGCCCAUCCCGCUCAUCAAGGCACCAAACAGUCAGGGGGGCAUCGCCAUCUCAGUCAUCCCGGCCAAAGCACCCGUCACUAUGGUGACUGCACACCUUAAUGGCCAGAAAACGGCCACGGCCUCAGCACCGGCGGCGGUCAACAGCGCCGAACCCCCACAGACUGCUCCCAUUAACCUACAGACCACCAGCAAACUGGUGGGGGGCACCUUAAACAUGGCAGCGCGGAGAGUUUCGGAAAUGCCACAUGCCCGGACGUUGGGCACCAUAACUGCAGUGCCAAUAAAAGUCCCUCAGGUCAGCUCCUUGCACAGACUGGCAGGACAUGGACCAGCAGUGCUACCUCAGGUUAGGCCAAAGACUCUGAUCCCAGAAAGCCUUCCCAUGACCCCCUGCAGAGCCCAGCUUUCUAAACAACCCCCUACAUUUCAGAAGGCCACGGUGGUCAGUAUCAAGAACCCCAGCCCAGCCCUCCCCACUGCCAACAACACCUUCAGCCACCUCCAGGCUUCCAACGGCCAAUCUCAGAGCUCAUCGGAACCAUCGAUUUCUUCACCUCUAAGCAGCGCAGGUGUGGCCUACGCCAUUAUAUCCACCUCACCAAGCAAUGCAAACCCCAUCAACACCAGCAACGUUUCUGUGGUGAAUGACACCAUCAAAGUUCAGCCGCUCCUCAUCAGCACCGACAGCAAGGUAAUCAUCAUACAACCUCAAGUUCAGAGCCAACCAGAGAUCAAGAAGGAAAUUAAGAAACCUUGUGAAGAACCUCCUCAGGGACCCCCAGCUACCAAAAAGAAAAAGGAGGAAAAUCCAGAGAAAAUCGCUUUCAUGGUAUCACUAGGCCUUGUUACAACAGAACAUCUGGAAGAGAUCCAAAGCAAACGUCAUGAGAGGAAAAGAAGAAGUACGGCCAAUCCAGCAUACAGCAGCCUCCUGGAACCAGAGCGGAAACGCCUUGCUUCAAACUAUUUGAGUAACCCGUUCUUAUCAGGGAAAGCAAAUUCGGAUUCCUAUUGGAAGAACGAGAUCACUCACGACGAACACUGCUCGGCCUGCAAACGUGGCCACAAUUUACAGCCGUGUGGAACAUGCCCAAGAGCUUACCAUUUAGACUGCUUAGAUUCACCAGUGAAAAUAGUGCCCAAAGGAGUCUGGAUGUGUCCAAAGUGCCAACAGAAGGUAUUAAAGAAGGAAACAGUGCCAUGGAGUGGGGCCCUCGCCAUCGUUCAGUCUUACGUGACACAUAAAUCCGUAAAAGAAGAGGAAAAAAGAAAAUUAAUGAAAAAAGGCAAUGAAUUAAAAAAUGAACAAAGACAACUCGAAGAUCAAGAAAGACUCCUGAACAACGCUUUAAAGAAAUGCAUAGAGGUAAAGAAUAGCUUGCUGGCCCAGCAGAGAGGAACUCAGUCAUCUUUGGAACGUCUCAAAACUCUCAUUAGACUGAUUCAGGGCGAACAGAUGCUUCAGGUUACCAUGACGACAACUGCCACCGCUUCGUUGCUGACGGUCCCUUGGAUCAAGCCUUCAUCUGCCACCCCUACUAUUCACAAAGGCCUGCAGCAGUCUCAGAGUAACAAUUGACACGGGCAGAUGGAACAAUAACUUUAAGCAAAUUUCGCCAAGAUGGAGAAGGAAAGAACAGUCUGUUUUUAUGUUUGGGUUUUUUGAAAAAAAAAAUUCUAAUCUACACAAGUACAAGCGCAGCAUCGACGACGUAAAGCUCACAAACAUGGCGGCAAUAGCGAUAAAAGGAACGUGUACUGCGUCACUUGCUGACACCAUCAGUGCUUAUGAGGUUGUGGGGUUUUUUUCACUUCAUUUUUACUUUGGCCUUAAAAAUAUCAAUAAAUGAAGAAACAAAAUUUGGGUUUAAAGAGUAAAUUUUAAAAAAUGUAAAUGAAAAUAACUGACUAUGAGAAAGGGCCAAUUAAGCAAGUACCACAAGACAAGUGGACGCCUCCUUGUUUUUAGUCGUCAAGAGGAUCAAGAUAUCGUAGAGUUGGUUUGAAAGAGUUUCAUAACUCUAUAUCGGGAGACGUAAAGAAGAAAAAAUGUUAUGGAAGUUUUUUAGAUUCAGUUUUUUUGGACUGUUUGCAACCCUUUUCCAUCCGAAUCUGCCACAUGUAUUCAGGUUUAUUUUUUCGAUGGGGCUAUUGAAAAGGGUUAUGUUGGUAAAUUCUCAGAGCCUUCAAAACAAAUGCUGAAUUUUUUUACAUUUUUCUUUUUAUUUAUUUAUUUUUAUAUAUUUUUUUCUUAUUCUUUUUUUUUUCUCUUAGUAUUAAUACAGUUGAGGUCUGCAGCUAUAUUUAAAGAAAAAAGAAAAAAACUUGUAUAAACUUUGCAUUUCUAGUGGGACAUUGAAGUAUUUUCAUGCUAAUGCUUGUGUAUACGCGCGCCGAACUAUUUAACAAAGUACCGCUCCUUCACUUUUUGCAGGUCCUUUGUACUUAUUUUGCUAUCGAUGUAUUUUCUCAUUGACUUAAUUUUUUUUUUUUUUUUUUUUUUUUUUCCUUGAAAGGUACAAAGAUGACAAAGUGGGAAACUUUAGUUGGUUGAUUUACACUUUGGUACAAGAACAACAACAAAAUUACAUUUUUUUUUACAAAUAUUUUUUUUAUUUUAUUUUGCCAGUACAGACUAUAUGCCAAAAAACUUUACCUUUUUGUACUGCAUUUUUAUUGUAAAAUAUGUAAUGUGAAAGGAACAAUAUGCGUUUUUGUUUUAUGCUUGCAGAAUUAUCUGCUAUAUGGUACAGGAAGAAAAAAAAAAACUGCCUCAAGUGGAGUUUCUCAUAUCUGAGAUAUCAUGUUGUUUUUAAAUUAUGAUUUUUUUUGUAUAAUUUUUUUUAUAAGUAUAUAGAUUGGGGAUAUGAGGAUGGGGGACACACAUUAUUUUUGAAAAACUCAACUUCUAAAAAAAUAAUAAUACAAUGAAGAAUUCCUUUAUAUAUUUCCUGAGCUAGUCUUCCUGAAACGACAGUGGUAGCUCAACCAUAGGGAAUUUUUCAGUAUUAGAAAAACAUGGCCGCUUUGUUCCAAAACUGUGUUCACCGAUUGAGUUUGGUCUCAGCUUCACUUUUGCCAAGCUGCAAUACCAGACACAACCCUUGGGAAGGCGUGGCAUUGUUUCUGGAAGAAAGCAGCCAUGUUCUUCCUAAUUCUGGACAAUCCCUUUAAUAGGCCUAAGGCUAUGUUCAUACGACGAAAUGUCUGGGAGGACAUUCAGCAGACACCGUGCAAUCGGCAGAACAUGCCGAUGCUAGGACCGCUGGGAAAUGCAGCAUCUCCAUAGACGGCAAUGCAUUCAAUUCUUUCUUCGGAGGCCAAAAUCAGAAUUUCCGAAAUUCUGCAGAAAGAAUUGACUUGUCAUUUCUUUCUGCAAAGGCCAAAAUCUGAAUUUCCAAAAUUUCCGAUUUUGUCAAUUCUUUCUGCACAAUCUGCUCAGAAAUGCAUUGCCAUCUAUGGAAAUCUCAGAAUCCUAUUGAAAACCAUGGGACUCUGCUGCAUUGGAAUUUCCGAGCGGAAUUCGAAAUUUUGGCAGUGUGAACAUAGCCUUGCAAUUCUACGGACUCUUUUUGGAUCUAAAAAUGUAAAAUUGUGCAAAUCUAUAUGUGAGGUUCACUUUAUGGAAACAGACUAGUAUACAGUAUAAUUCUCAAAAAUUCAUGAGCACCUUUAAAAAAAAUAAAAAUCGAAGAAAAAAAUUGUAUUUUACUACAAUUUUUACUAUUUAUUUUUAUUUUAUAUGUCCAAGCUAUCACACAAAAAUACAAAAAAAAAAAGUUGGCUGUUACUUAUCAGUGUUAAAGUUUGUUUAUUUUUAUUUUAUUUAUUUUUUAUAUAUAUUUUUUUUUAAAGUAACCUUCAUGUGCUAUGUACAUUUGUACUCGGGUUCCUUGCUCAUUCCCACAUUAUAUAUAUAUAUAUAUAUAUAAAUAUAUUUACUGUAUAUUUUGUUUGAAUUUUUUUUAAUUUUUUUUUUAUACCGGACUUUGAGAUACAUGCUUCAAAAAUGAUAGGCUGCUUAUAACAUAUCACACGAAUCUCAUAUUGAGAGAAUAUUUGCAUUAUCAAAAAAAUAAAAAAUAAAAUAAAAUAAAAAAAAUACAUACUACAAGGCAGCUCCGCUGUACAUCUGCAUAUCAGUUGUGAAUGUCUUACAAAUAAAGGGGUUGAUGGUCGAUAAUAGUCCCUACCACCAUUCUCACAACUCCGGGAGAUACUGUGCAGUACUAUACAGAUCUAUUUUAAUACACCUAACCAUGGGUUGACCAAGAUUUUAUAUUCUUUUACUGAUGAACAAAAAAAAACAAACUUGACUUAAAAAAAUAAAAAUAAAACACAGUUGUUAUACAUUGGUUGUUUUAUGCCAAUUUACGCAUUCAGAUACAGCUUGCAAUGUAGUUUUUUAGGUUAAAAGGGUUUUCGAGUUAUUUUAUUCUUGAAUAAAAUUUACAAUGUGCAGAUAGAUAAAAAUAAAAAAAUGUGAGCGGAUGUAUGAAGAAAUGUAUUGGACUGUUAAAAGUAGUAUUAUUUAUUUUGUUUUAAUUUAAAGGGACAGUCCAUUUAGUGUGCAUAGAAAAUAAUAAUAAAAAAAAAAGUGUUCGUCCUGAAUAUUCCAAUGUAGUUUUACUUCUCUAUGAUGCAUUAAAAUUUGAUUGACAAUUUAA